CUUGAAGGAUUAUAAGCUAGAACCGCGAAAAUAAGAGAAAGUUAUUAUGUAAUAAGGAGUCAUAAAUCAAUAGCCCAUAGAUUGUCCAGUAUAUAAAAGACCUCCAUUGCCUCGAAGUCUAGAAGUCUUAUAGAUAGUCACAGUCACGACAAUAAUAUCAAAUCCUCCUCCACCAUGUGUAGUCCCGCUCAGAUCCCGUAUCCGGAUUUGCCCGGCGUACAAUUCACUUCACUCAGCGCUUCCCUGGUGUCCAACUUCACAAUCCAAGUUCCAGAGAGCACAUACACGAACAAUGGAGCUGUCUAUGCCGAAGGUGUCAACUUCUGCAACCUCACGACUACCUAUACGCAUACUGGAAAAUCUGAUAUUGUCACUAUUAACGUAUAUCUCCCCACAGAGUGGAACGGCAGGAUGCAAGGUAUUGGCGGAGGAGGUUAUUCCGCCGGAGGCAUUAAUUAUCUACUUAGUUAUUACUCUAUGCUCGGCGCCAUGUCGGAGGGAUACUCUGCUGUGACCACUGACGCCGGCCAUGCUUCGUUAAACCCAGAUGACUGGAUAUUGAAGAGUCCCGGACACGUUGACCUUUACCUCCUCGAAGAGUUUGGCUCCAACUCACUCAAUGAAUUGUCUAUUAUCGGAAAGGCAAUUACGGAGAGCUACUACGGCAAGCCACCAGCAUAUUCCUAUUGGAACGGAUGCUCGCAGGGCGGACGACAAGGUUUUAAAAUUGCCGAGAAAUACCCUACCGCAUUUGAUGGAAUAGCUGCCUCUGCCCCAGCAGUUGACCUCGCUGGGUUGGGAGUGGGUGAUCAUUGGCCCCAGGUUGUCAUAAAGGCUAUGGGUCAGUACCCGAAGAACUGUGAGCUUGUUGCGAUCACAGAUGCAUUUAUCAAGCACUGUGAUGGCAAUGAUGGACUACUUGAUGGAAUCGUCACUGAUCCGGAUUCCUGCGACUUUGAUCCACAUUCUGUGUUGAACAAAUCUAUUGAUUGCCAGGAUACCGACAUUGGAACUGUGAAGAUAUCGGAAGCUGCUAUCAACGUUGCGAUUGCGACAUGGACUGGCGCCCGAAAACUGGAUGGCUCAUUCCUUUGGUGGGGACUCAAAAAGGGGUCAAGUCUAGUAGACGAAGUAACUAGCCUUGGAGUCUAUCCAGGACUUGCGACAACUGUGUGCUCAGGGAACGGUACCUGCACAGGACACACAAUGGAGAUUGUUGAAGAAUGGAUACGACUUCUUAUUAAGAAAGAUCCUACCUUCGACGUCACGACAGUAACAAUCGAAGAAAUCCAAGAUUUAUUUCAGCAAUCGCUGGAUGAAUACGGCCCAAUCGUCAACGUGAAGCCUAACUUGGACGCCUUCCGAGAAGCAGGAGGGAAGCUAUUGUCUUUCCACGGUCUAGCCGAUGCUAUCCUUCCUCCGGACUCUUCGUCGAGCUUCUAUAAAAGUGUCGCAGCCAACGACGAGAAAAUACACGAUUAUUAUCGCCUUUUUGAAGCGCCAGGACUUGCUCACUGUUUUGCAGGCGUUGGAUACUAUCCUUCUGGUAUUUUCAAGUCCCUCGUCUCAUGGGUUGAAUCCGGUGUUGCCCCUGACAGUGUCAUUGCAGCGACUUCUGUGGAUAAGGGUCCUGUUCGCGAGAGUAUUUUAUGUCCUUAUCCUCAGAAGGCACACUAUAAGGGUACGAGCUCAAACGCUACAGCUGAUGAUUUCUAUUGUGGUAGUUAAGGAACGAUUGAGGAGCCCGUGUGUCUGAAGAUGGUAGUGGGUAAAAAUGAUUAGGCUUUAUAUGGGUAGCU